AUGACGCCUGUGUUUUACUUUUUUUUCUUUCUUUUGUCCUUUCUUUCUUUCUUAUAUUGUUCGUUCUUUCUUUCUUUUUUCUUUUGUCCUUUCUUUCUUUCUUUCUUUCUCAUAUUGUUCUUUCUGUCUUUCUUUCUUAUAUUGUUCCUUCUUUCUUUCUUUUUUCUUUUGUCCUUUCUUUCUUUCUUUCUCAUAUUGUUCUUUCUGUCUUUCUUUCUUAUAUUGUUCCUUCUUUAUUUCUUUCUUUCUUUUGUCCUUUCUUUCUUUCUCAUAUUAUCUUAUAAAACGUUUUACAACCUUAUCUAUCUAUCUAUCUAUCUUGGUCUUUUCAUAUCUAUCUUGGUCUGUUCAUAUCUAUCUAUCUUGAUCUAUUCAUAUCUAUCCAUCUUGAUCUAUCUAUCUAUCUAUCUAUCUAUCUAUCUAUCUAUCUAUCUAUCUAUCUAUCUAUCUUGGUCUGUUCAUAUCUAUCUGUCUUGGUCUGUUCAUAUCUAUCUAUCUAUCUAUCUAUCUAUCUAUCUAUCUAUCUGUUGUGUUUCAACACUAUCUAUCUAUCUUGGUCUGUUCAUAUCUAUCUAUCUAUCUAUCUAUCUAUCUAUCUAUCUAUCGUUUAUUCGUAGAAACUGA